AUGGCCAAAAAAGAGAUUCUCACCCCCUGCACUGGUCGCUGGGCCCCAGGCCAGGGAGGAUUCCAUAAAAUAGUUGAAAUGGAUCGUCUUACUUGUGGAAGAGGUUGGGUCGUCUAUAACGGAAGUUGUUAUUAUUUCUCAACAUCGGCAGCGGUAUUCAAAGAUGCUAUGGUAACUUGUCAUGGCCUUGGUGCUAAUAUGCUAGAACUUCAAAAUGCAGAGGAGGAAAUAUGGAUUGAUUUACAAUGUCGAAUAAGAGGUUAUCGGUACGGUGUUUGGCUUGGCGUUAGUGAUCAUCAGUAUGAGGGAAAAUUUAUAUCUAUUUCAAAUGCGAGAAGCCUUUCUUACAGCAAUUGGAUGAAAGGAGAACCGAACAACUUCAGGGGGAAAGAGGACUGUACUCUCUACUGGUUUCUGCAUAGAGGUUGGAACGACACUGCAUGCAACGGAAAAAUAAAUUAUGUUUGUAAAAAAGGAAAAUGA